GUGUUUAUAUAUCUACUGUUUAUUUCAAGUGAUACGUUAAAACUGUGUGGUGCAAUCAGAUUUGAAAGAAAUCAGGUAUUAAAAUGUCACAAUUAACUCCGGAGCAAGAGAUUGAACUUAAAACAAUAUUUGAUGAUUUCGACGAAGACAACAGCGGGACUUUAAAAGUUGAGGAACUGCGCAAAGCUGCGCAAUAUUUUGGUCUGAAUCCGUCAGAAGCGGAAGUGGAUGAGAAAUUAUCUGAACAUGACAUAAAUAAGGACGGUGCUCUUGAUUUUGAAGAACUAAAAGCGUUAAUUGCUGAUAUGUAUAAAGACCCAGAGCAAAUAUGCACAGAGAUGAGGGAGGCAUGGAAAACGGUAUUGCAAGACGUAGAAUUGGAAGAUGGUGAAAAACUAACAAAAGAUCAAUUAUACAAUAUAUUGAAGGACAGGGGAGAUGAUCCACUGACAAUGGAAGAUGUGAAUGACAUAUUUGCAGAUCUUGACAGAGACGGUGAUACAGAAACAAUUACCACGGAGGAACUUAAUGCUCUCUUUAGUAGCUGAAGAGAAUAAACUGACACUAUUAAUUUGAGCCGUGCCAUGAGAAAGCCAGCAGAGUGGGUUUGCAACCAGCAUGGAUCCAGACCAACCUGCGCAGUCUAGUCAGGAUCCAUGCUGUUCGCUAACGUGUAGGCUUUAAAAGCGAACAGCGUGGAUACUGACCAGACUGCGCGGAUGCGCAGGCUGGUCUGGAUCCAUGCUGGUCGCAAAUCCACUGUGUUGGUUUUCUCAUGGCACGGCUCAUCUAUCAAUUGCUAGAUUAUGCAAAUAAUGCAUUGAUAUUCUAACAACACAAGAAUUCAUUUGGUCAGUGCUGUAAUCGAUGGUAUUACAUUGAUGUGAAUGAUCUAUGAUAUUUUGCUUCUCUUCUUUAAAUCCAAAGGUCAUAUUUAAAAGCAUGAACAAGUAUUUCAUAUAGUGCAUGCAAACAUAGAAUUAACAAGUUUACGUGUGCAUUAGGUUUGAAAUAGUACACACUGCACUACCACCAAAAACUGGCUGUUUUUAUCAAUCACUUGUGACAUUUAAUUAUGAAUGCAGUUAUGUAUGAAAACUUAAUUUAAAUAUUUAGUAAUGUUUAUUACAUUUAAUAAGGUUUUUACACAUUUUAAGUAAAUUUCUACACAGAUAAAAUAUUUUAAUGAAAGAUGGCCAUUGACUAUCUUUAAAGCGGAUUAGUAUGGAGAUCAACUUUGAUAUAUUAAAUAUCAUAAAAUCUUA